GUCAGGACUUGUUUUUGCAUUGAAUUCCUUCCCUAGCGGACUAUCGAAAUAGGCUCGGCCAUGGGAAACAGCAUAAUCCGCCAAUGCGAAUGCAAUAUAGACAGCGCAUCCCCUUCCUUAGCGGCUUUGCGGGGUCUGGGGCCAAUUGCUUGGAGAUGACUAUAUGUUCACCACGGCUUCGCCCAUCUGCGCCGAUGAUGAUGACUGACUGACAGUACUGCGAUUUAUCGCUGUCCACUCUUUUGAAACACUUUCUUUCGUUACGGCGCAUGCCCUACCAGUCGCUAUGCUUUCCUUAACCCUCCUAUCCCUCUCAACCCUCGCCGCAGGCGCAGCCGUCGAAAAGCGCAUACCUGUGCCCGCAGGAUAUGUCGCGCCGCCAUACUACCCAUCGCCUUACGGCGGCUGGACGUCGGACUGGAGCGAAAGCUACCGCAAAGCCGCGCUGCUCGUCUCCAACCUGACCCUUGCGGAGAAAACCAACAUCACAGCCGGGACGGGCAUUUUCAUGGGACGAUGCGUGGGGAACACGGGGAGUGCGCCUCGCGCGGGCAUCCCCCAGCUGUGUCUGCAGGAUGGGCCGCUCGGCCUGCGUAAUAUGCCCGAGGGCGACAAUACUGCGUUCCCUGCGGGUAUCACGGUCGGAGCGACGUGGGAUAAGGACCUCACAUAUGCUCGCGGUGUCGCGAUUGGUGAGGAGUUCAGAGGGAAGGGUGUCAAUGUGCAUUUGGGCCCUUCUGUAGGACCCUUGGGGCGAAAGCCUCGGGGCGGAAGGAAUUGGGAGGGUUUCGGAUCUGAUCCUGUCUUGCAGGCUGUUGGCGGUGCUCGCACUAUCGAGGGUGUGCAGAGCGUCGGUGUCAUUGCGACUAUCAAGCAUCUGAUUGCUAAUGAGCAGGAGAUGUACCGCAUGUACAAUUUGGUGCAACCGGGUAUCAGCUCGAAUCUCGACGACAGGACGCUUCAUGAGUUGUAUCUCUGGCCCUUUGCAGAGGGUGUGAGGUCAGGCGUCGGCUCAGUGAUGAUUGCGUACAAUGCUGUCAAUGGUUCUGCUUGCUCGCAGAAUUCCUACCUCAUCAAUGGGAUAUUGAAGGAUGAACUAGGCUUCCAGGGUUUUGUCAUGAGUGAUUGGCUUGCUCAAAUAUCUGGCGUUGCUUCUGCGCUGGCUGGACUUGACAUGUCUAUGCCUGGCGACAUCCACACUGUUCCCCUUUUCGGCAACUCAUACUGGAUGUACGAGUACUCGCGUGCGAUUCUGAACGGUACUAUUCCUGUGGAUCGCCUCGAUGACUCUGUAACUCGCAUUCUCGCAGCUUGGUUCCAGAUGGGCCAGGACCAGAACUACCCACCUCCCAACUUCGAUACUAACACUCAAGACGCCGAGGGCCCUCUCUAUCCCGGAGCUUUGGUAUCUCCGCGUGGUGUUGUCAACCAAUUCGUCAAUGUUCGAGGAAAUCAUGACGAAGUCGCUCGCGCCGUGGCUAGAGAUGCUAUCACUCUGCUGAAGAACACCAACGGAAGCCUACCUUUGUCUCGAAAUGCCACCCUCAAGGUCUUUGGAACAGACGCCGAGAAGAACCCCGAUGGCAUCAAUUCCUGCGCGGACCAAGGCUGCAACAAAGGCACGCUUGGAAUGGGCUGGGGCAGUGGAUCAUCGCGCUACCCAUACAUGAACUCGCCAAUUGAUGGGUUCAAGAAGCGCGGCGCCAACUACACAUUCUUCAACACCGACUCGUUCCCGUCCAACUCGAACCCGGCGCCAAGUGACACGGCUGUUGUCUUCCUCUCCGCUGAUUCGGGCGAGAAUUACAUUACUGUUGAUGGAAACCCGGGAGACCGAACAAACGCUGGCUUGCAUGCCUGGCACAACGGCGACAAGCUCGUAAAGGAUGUUGCCGCCAAGUACUCCAACGUGAUUGUCGUGGUUCACACUGUCGGUCCUAUCAUCCUCGAAGAAUGGAACGACCUCCCUUCAGUAAAGGCCAUCCUCUUCGCCCAUCUUCCUGGGCAGGAAGCGGGCGACUCGCUCAUGGAAGUCCUCUAUGGUGACGUUUCACCCUCAGGCCAUCUCCCUUACACCAUCCCCAAAUCAGAGGACGACUACCCCGAUAGCCUUGAUCUUGUGGGCUUCCAGGUGGGACAGCCGCAAGAUACCUUCACCGAGGGUCUGUACGUCGACUACCGCCAUUUCAACCGUGAGAAGAUUACGCCGCGUUACGCAUUCGGACAUGGCCUCAGCUACACGACCUUCGAGUUUGCCAACGCCACCAUCACUCCAGUCACACAGCUCACUGCGACGCCCCCCGCCCGUCCAGCCAAGGGCGAGACUCCCGAGUACUCAACCACCAUCCCUCCAGCAUCAGAGGCAUACUGGCCCGCCAACUUCAACCGCAUCUGGCGCUACCUGUAUUCCUGGCUCGAAAAGAACGACGCCGACAACGCCGCGAAGGACGCCAAUUCGACCCGCAAGUACCCCUACCCUGAAGGAUACUCGACCGAGCAGAAGCCCGGCCCCGUCUCCGGCGGCGCCCAAGGCGGCAACCCUGCCCUCUUCGAUGUAGCCUACGAGCUCGAAGUCACCGUCACGAACACGGGAUCCCGCGACGGACGCGCCGUCGCCCAGCUCUACGUGCAGUUCCCGACCCAAGGCGUCGCCUUCGACACGCCCAUCAUCCAGCUCCGCGACUUCGAGAAGACGAAGACGCUCGCCGGCGGCGAGAGCGAGGUCCUCAAAUUGAAGGUCACCCGCAAGGACCUCAGCGUCUGGGACGUCGUCAGCCAGAACUGGAUCGUGCCCAACGUGUCGGGCGACUAUGGUCUCUGGGUGGGAGGAAGCUCAGACACGCUGACGCUUCGAUGCGGCACUGCGAGCGGGAAUUGCGAGGAUGGCGUCGACAGCCCGGUAUAAAUCCACCCUUUCCAUCAACAUCUCAUAGUCUC